CUCUUGAGUCACGAUGGUUUCCGUAAAGAGGACAUGAACAAGAGCUGUAGUCGCACCAUACCAAGCCUAUUAUUCAUCUCAUCUUUUACUGGGGUCGCUUGCAUAUUUUUUCUCAAGGCAGUGUGCUCUAGCGUGUUAUUUCUUCAUUCAAAGCCACUUGACUUUGAAAUGAACUAGCAUAGCCAUGUCCAUCUUUUUCAGUAUGCUUCUGAUAGCUGUAAGAAUACGGUACGGCCAAAUGACUCAAAAGUCACGAAAUUGGCUGCCGUGAGCUUUUCAUACUGCACGUGAAAUUUCUAAUGCCAAUUUGGUCAACUCAACCGCUCGGCCUAAAAUCCCAAGAGAUUGCUGCCUGCCAUCCUUGAAAUUAUGAAAUCCUUCUUGCAACGACCGGAAACAAAGAAAUAUGCAGCAGAUAUUGCUGUUUUUGCACUUUCGCAAGUAGCAUUUUAUUUCGCAUUCAAGUAUAUAAUAGGAUCACUCGAUCCUCUUAAAGCAAAAAAACAAGAGGCCAAAUCGAAGAGUGCCAAAUCACUGGCGAAACUUGGGAUCAAGGAUAUCAAACUUUCCGAGUAUGAAGAGAUAAUUGCAACAGAAGUCAUUCACGCUGAUGAGAUUCAUGUCAACUUCAAACAAAUUGGAGGUUUAGAUCAUAUUGUGCAAGAUUUGCGUGAAAGCGUCAUCUACCCCCUCUGCUAUCCACAGCUGUUCACAUCAGCUUCAGGAUUGUUGGGUGCUCCCAAAGGUGUCCUGCUCUAUGGACCCCCAGGUUGCGGUAAAACCAUGCUUGCCAAGGCCCUCGCUAAAGAGUCCAAUGCAACAUUCAUCAAUUUGCAUGUUUCCACUUUGACCGACAAGUAUUAUGGUGAAUCCAACAAACUUGUGUCAGCACUAUUCUCAUUGGCAAGAAAGUUGCAGCCUGCUAUCAUCUUCAUUGAUGAAAUCGACUCCUUCCUCCGUGAAAGAAGAAGUAAUGAUCAUGAAACGACAGGCAUGAUGAAAGCAGAGUUCAUGAGUCUUUGGGAUGGAUUGACGACUGGAGAGGAUUACAGAAUUGUCGUUUUGGGAGCUACUAAUCGUCCUAAUGAUAUCGAUACCGCCAUUUUGAGAAGAAUGCCAAAGCGCUUCUCUGUGCGACUUCCAACCGAUCAACAAAGACGAAAUAUUUUGGAUAUUAUGUUGAAAACAACAAAGUUAUCCCCUGAUUUUGAUAUGGAAAAGCUUAUCGAGGCAACCGCAGGUUUCUCUGGAAGUGACCUGAAGGAAAUUUGCCGAAACGCAGCUAUGAUACCUGUUCGAGAAUAUGUUCGAAGUGUUGAGCCAAAGAACCACGACGGCGAAGCUAGCAAUGACUUGCUUGGGAUCGAUAUGGAGAACGUCCACAUUCGUCCCCUUGAACUGUCAGACUUUUUCCAAAGCGAACAAACAAAUGGAAAGAAGGAAAAUGAACAAGUGCUUCGUGCUGUGCUGCAACAGGAGAAUUUAGACUAGGAACUGUAUCCCCCUCCCCUACUUGGCCAUAGAAUUGAUAUUACAGAAAUUACUUAAUUACAAUACAACUGUGAUUAAAAAGAAAUAACAUGAAAAGGAUAAUGCAAAACGAAUACAAGAUGGUAGUUUCAACGAAUGACUAA